GAGGAAGUCCAAACAGUCACAUGAGUGACGCCGUCACAUGAUGUUUUCCAGACGUUGCGGUUCUUGAUGGAGAGCUCAUUUCAAAAGGCUGUAGAAUCAGACAGUGACGUCCCACAUGGAGACAGAGGGGAAGGCAGAUGAGGGUUCCUCAUCUCAACGUGACCCUCCUCAGAACACUGGUAGCUACGAUCUCAGCCUGACUCUCCAGGACUUUCGCCCUACAGAGGACUCCCAGCCUGCAGAGAAAUCAGUCCUUGUUGAAGAGCCCAUUGUAGUGGACAGAAAGGCCAUAGAGAAACUGACAGAAGGCCUGCUCUCUCACUACCUGCCUGACCUUUACAGCUCCAAACAGGCUCUGUUGGAACUCAAUCAAAACCAAGUCAUCCUGCUGGACACACUGGACCAAGAAGUCACCAAAUUCAGAGAGUGCAACUCCCUACUGGAUCUAAACUCACUGUUCACAGAGGCCAAGUUGUAUCACGGUAAACUGGUGAACAUACGUAAAGACAUGAUCAUGCUGCACGAGAAGACAACUAAACUAAAGAAAAGAGCGUUGAAGCUCCAGCAGCAGAGAGAGAAGGAGGCUAUGGAGGAAGAACAACAGAGAGAGAAGGAGCUGGAGAGAGAGAGGCAGCUGAUUGCCAAACCUGCCAAGAGAACAUAGAACCAUCCAUGAACUCUGUCCUAACUCUGGCACUGCCAACUAUACUAUAGAGCCAAAGAUGAGGGCUGCGUCGCACUUGUCUCGAGGGCUCCGACCCUGACCCCAUCUCUGGUUGUUGAACAGUAGACCAACUCAGUUCCUCAAGAUGACACAGUUCAUCCAAUCGUUGGUGUGAGAAAGUCAGACAUGAUUUGUUCUCUUGUAUGCGGAGCUGUUAGGACAAGUACUGCUUGUAGGUUGUUUUAUAUUCAGUGGUGUCAAGACGAUUACUGCUCCUGGUUAGUUUUCGUGGCCAAUCAUGCUGUUUAGAUCAGAAACAGCUCAUGCCAGCAGUGACUAUUCCUCACUUCAUCCUAAAUGGCUGUAAUAUGGAUUUUCAAGGUGAAUAAAAGAGAAGAGCAGUCGCA